CUUAAUUGACAGGUGUACUGUCAAUGCUAGAGUUGUCAUUUGAUUUUGACGUUGAAUGUCAUGAGGUGGAGAUUGCAAAUGCAAAAGAGGAAAAACGAAAGAAGUGAAACUGCCGAGGAACGUUUAAUACUCCUAUCUACGUUGUAAGCUAAACGUAUCUUGUAAAACAUUCUAGGAAUAUGCGAAAGAAGCACUAGACCGGCAUAUCCAGAAUGGAGUCUUCAAUAGUUUAUUAUUUAGCUUUGCUACUUUAUUUAACAUCCAACGUUUGCUGGUCGAGAAUCCACAAUCUAGAAAUAAGGAACGAUGCACGACGAUACAUUUCUUUGAGCACUUUUGGAUUCUACAGAGGCGGGAGUCUCAUCGUAGAGCUUACAAAUUUUAGGUCACAUCCACAAAAUGAUUCUAACUUGUUUGGAUUUAGCUUGGACAAGACGAUAAAUGAUGGAAUGAAUCCUUAUUUAGAUGGUCAUCAAGAUCACUGUGUGUUACAAGAACCGAUAGAAAAAACCAAGACUAAUGAGGAGGUUGUCAUACAUUUUAAAUUAGAUCUUAAAAAUAAAAAGUUGAGGGUCGAAUGCAAAAAUCAGGACAUUGUGCACAUUUUCAAGUCUCCAGAUGAUGUAGAUGUAAAACCCACUCCAAUGUGCAGUGAAUUGAGUUUUGAUAUAACCAGUGCUAAAGUGAAUGGUAUCAAUUACUACAAUACUUCAUUCACUAUGUUAGUGGAAACCCUUGCAGAAGAAGGCCUGUACAAUCUCUUCUUCCACAGUUGUCCAAAUUACAAAUCAGAUACGGAGGUUUUUGUGGACUUUGACAUGAAAAUUGUAGAACAAAACAGAAACAGCUACCUAUCAGCCGGAGACAUGCCUCUUCCAGCACUGUAUUGCAUGAUGUCUAUCCUCUUUAUGCUAUCAGGCAUGUUCUGGGUGUUUUUGCUAAAACAGUCCAAACACCCUGUAUUCAAGAUACAUUACAUGAUGGCUGUGUUGGUAUUUUUGAAAGCUAUCUCAUUGGCUUUCCAUGGCGUGAAUUACCAUUACAUUGAACGACUUGGUGUACAUCUGGCAACAUGGGCGAUUUUGUUCUAUGUAGCACAUUUGCUAAAAGGAGCACUUCUGUUUGUGGUGUUAGUCCUUAUUGGAACAGGCUGGACAUUCAUCAAACACGUCCUGACGCCUCGUGACAAAAAAUUGUUCAUGGUAGUCAUACCACUUCAAGUCCUAGCCAAUAUGGCUGAGAUCAUUCUAGAAGAGUCAGAAGAAGGGGAUAGAGAAUAUCUGGCGUGGAAACACUUUGUGACAUCAGUUGAUUUGCUGUGUUGUGGAUGCAUACUAUUUCCUGUUGUUUGGUCUAUCAGGCACUUGCAAGAGGCCAGUCAAACUGAUGGCAAAGCAGCAAUGAACCUGAGAAAGCUCAAGCUGUUUAGGCACUUUUACGUUAUGAUAGUUUGCUAUAUCUACUCAACUCGAAUAAUCGUCUACCUAUUGAAGAUCACAGUGCCUUUCCAGUAUGGUUGGUUGUACGAAAUGUUUAGGGAAAUGGCGACGUAUGUGUUUUUCGUGCUGACGGCGUACAAGUUCAGACCUGCUUCGCACAAUCCUUACUUUGCACUCGGCGACGACGAGGACGAAGAAAUGGAUCAAGUAUUGACUGAAUCAGGAGCGACGGAAGGUUUGAAAAAGGUCAACAACCGAGUGGUGAAGGUGCCUCUUCAUCAACAAACAUUGACGGAGGUGACAGAAGAAGAGAAAGAUGCAUUAUUGAGCCAAAGAGAGAGUAGUCACGAGUAUGAUUAGUACUUACAUGUACUUAUGAGAUUUAUUCCGCAUUUAUUUCAUUAUUGCUACUAUCAUUGAUUAACAUGUUCCACAGGAAGAGACCCAAUCCAAUUGAAAGGCGGGCAUACGUACCUUGCUUCUUUUAAUUUGCCUUGACCGAACGCAAUUUUUCGAGAUUCUUGAAUGAAAGGCAACUGCUUGUGCUUACAACUAUAUACCCGUAUACGAUUUUUCGGAGGAACGCUUCCGCAACACCGAGUAUCUUUAAUAAACAACUUGAGAGAAAGGAAAAAUGGCACCACCGUGAUAUGACAGUAAGGGUGGUACCGUGGUAAGCGCUCACGAGGCGGCGUGGUGCAAGUACAAAGCGAUUGGAUAACAGUGGAUCCUGAAAGUUGGAAGCUAGUGCUGCAAUCAGUCAGUUCUGCUUCACGGAAUGGAGGAGAUGCGGUUCGAAUCUUUCUUUCAAGUUGUUAUUUAAUGAACAUCCAACUUGCGCAAAUGGUACUGUAACUUGUAUAAUAUGGAGCAGUGCUAGUAUAUCGUGUUAGACACUUACAUGGAAGAAUGUAUUAGUACAAGUAAAUUCACUUGUAGUUAUUACACCAUACUUUUUAUGGAUUAGGCCCUGUACGAAAAUGCACUCUGAUGUAGAAUCUCGAGCUCUACGCGAACCUCCUGUCAAAAAUGGUGGUUGCUAUUUGAAUUUAAAAACUUUACUACCUAUGAGGUAAUUGUCUAGGUCAUCGACCAAUUUUUUUGAUAUCGUAAAACUUUUCCUAGAACCAUUUUCCCACAUAAUAUUCGAUUUUUCGGGGUACUUCUGUGACUACCUUCGUAAUGUUUAUCGUAAGUAUGUACGUUGAAGAAACAUUAGAUGGAAUUUCACUUUUUAAGUUACAACAUUGAUAAGUCCCUUGAAGAUUUAUGAAGAUGAACAAGUUCUCAGCUGUUUCAUAUAGCACAUAUUUCUGUAUUUAUUCAUAGUAUUGAAUAGUAUAGCUAAGAUUUUCUUCAGAUUGUGUAGAUAUUUUAAAUUAUUACACAUUCACAUAAUGAUAUAAUGGCUCAUGCAGUUGUCUACUGUGAUAGUGAUUAGGAGUGAUUUUUGAGAAUAUACUUUUUUGAAGAGCUUAAAUAAAAAUAAACGUUAUGAUCG